GCAAAGAGAAGACAAAGACCCACAAACGUCAUAGACCUCAAGUCAAGCUCUCUCUCUCUCUCUCUCUUUCUCUUUGCGUAAUGUAGUGACUACAACCUGCUACUUGUAUUCCUCUCCCCUCUCCACCUGCUCAUCCCCUCUUUCCUUCAUUGCCUCACAAUUCCAGGAAACCAUAACCUUUUCAAGUUUCUUGGACCUUCCAAAGAAUGGGUGGUUCUCCCAGGCUCAAAGUUUUGAUCUUUAUUAUGAUUUGUAUUUCUGUUUUUUUGGGUUUGGAUUUUGUUGAAGGGAGAUUCAUAGUGGAGAAGAGUAGCAUAAGCAUCGUUUCUCCCUACUCUAUGCACGCAAAGUAUGAUGCUUCCAUUGGGAAUUUCGGAGUUCCUGACUAUGGAGGCUCUUUGGUUGGCACUGUUGUGUACCCUUCAAAGGGUGCCUUUGGGUGCUCUGCUUUUGAGGGUGAUAAGCCCUUCAAGUCUAAGACUCCUCGCCCCAAUAUUCUUCUUGUUGAUCGUGGAGAAUGCUACUUUGCAUUGAAGGUCUGGAAUGGACAACAGGCUGGAGCAGCAGCUGUUUUAGUAGCUGAUACCAUUGAUGAGAAUCUGAUAACUAUGGAUUCUCCCGAAGAAAGCUCAGAUGCAGAUGGAUACAUAGAGAAGAUCGGGAUUCCAUCAGCUUUGAUUGAACAGUCCUUUGGCGAGACCUUGAAGGUGGCUCUAAAGAAAGGAGAAGAAGUUGUGAUCAAAAUGGAUUGGACGGAGUCGAUGCCCCACCCUGAUGAGAGGGUGGAGUAUGAACUAUGGACUAAUAGCAAUGAUGAGUGUGGGAUUCGUUGCGAUGAGCAGAUGAAUUUUAUCAAGAAUUUUAAGGGGCAUGCCCAGAUUCUUGAAAAGGGUGGUUAUACUAUGUUCACCCCUCACUAUAUAACAUGGUAUUGUCCGCAGGCUUUUAUUGCUAGCAGUCAGUGCAAAUCUCAGUGCAUUAACCACGGGAGAUAUUGUGCACCUGAUCCCGAACAGGAUUUUGGGGAAGGGUAUGAAGGAAAGGAUGUCGUCUUUGAGAACUUGAGGCAGCUUUGUGUUCACAGGGUUGCAAAUGAGAGCCAAAACUCCUGGGUUUGGUGGGAUUUCGUCACGGAUUUUCACAUCAGGUGUUCAAUGAAGAAAAACCGGUAUAGCAAAGAAUGUGCAGAAGAAGUCAUGAAAUCUCUUGACCUGCCCGUUGAGAAGAUAAAGAAGUGCAUGGGUGAUCCUGAAGCUGAUGUCGAAAAUGCAGUCCUGAAAACUGAGCAAGACCUACAGGUUGGUAAAGGUUCUCGUGGUGAUGUUACUAUCUUGCCUACAAUGGUCAUAAAUGAUGUCCAAUACCGAGGUAAACUUGAGAGGACUGCUGUAUUGAAAGCCAUAUGUGCUGGGUUUAAGGAAACAAGUGAACCUGCAAUUUGUCUUAGUGGAGAUCUUGAGACAAAUGAGUGUCUUGAGAGGAAUGGCGGGUGCUGGCAUGAUCCAAAAUCUAACGUAACAGCCUGCAAGGUAUUUAAAGGAAUGAAUGCUCUGUUGUUGUUUGCAGAUAAUUUAUUUGUUAGGAUCAAGGGAGACGGAUAUACAUCAUGUGAAGCUGUUGGACCUGGAAGGUGCACGGUAAAUAAUGGCGGUUGCUGGUCAGAGACAAAAGACAGAACAACUUUUUCUGCUUGCUCAGAAGCUCUUAUUACCGGCUGUAAAUGUCCCUAUGGCUUUAAAGGGGAUGGCCAUAAAUGUGAAGAUGUAGACGAAUGUAAGGAAGGCACGGUUUGUCAGUGUGAUGGUUGCAAGUGUAAGAACACAUGGGGUGGAUAUGACUGCAAAUGUAAAGGAGAUAAAUUGUAUAUAAUGGAGCAUGACACAUGCAUUGAAAGACAGUCAUCAAAACUUGGAGGCUUCCUAACUUUUGCGGUUAUAGCUGUUGUACUUGGUGCUGGAAUAGCUGGAUACAUAUUCUACAAAUACAGACUUAGGUCAUACAUGGACACAGAGAUUAUGGCUAUCAUGUCGCAGUACAUGCCUCUCGACAAUAACCAUCAGAAUCAGGUUGUUCAACACGAAACUGAACCUUUACGAGACGCCUCAUCUGUAUGAAGAAGCGUCUUGGUUGAUUUGUUGACUAUACAGAAUGCAUCAGUGAUGCCGGUGAGACUCAACUUAACAGCUACACAUUCGAGACAAGUCAUAUGGUACGGUGUUUUAUAGUCUCUACAUCUAAAUUCUGUCUGGUUCCACUCAAUUACUUGAGGAUAUAGAUUAUAUCAAUAACCGAGCUCGCUGCGUUUGUGUAUAAAAUGGAUCUACAGAGUAGAUGGAUGCUAAUUAUACUUGGAAUCAUUUCUAUAUAUGUACACAAAACAAUACAGGAUUGGUCUGGGGGUUAUUUUGAGCACCACAACUUGUGAUUUUUUU